AAGAAUUUUUCAAGGCCACAUUGACCAACUUGUAAAACAUCUUUCCAUAAAGGCUGCUAAAUGGAAUUUAACACUCAUUCUGUGGCCUAUAUGCUCUUCUUUUACCAACUGGUUUCCCUUCAGACACUGUAUUUGUUCUUCUUUGCUGUGUUUUCAAGCAAAAGCAGAGAGAGAGAGAGAGAGAGAGAGAGAGAGAGAGAGAUGAACAAACCCACCAUGUUCAGCAGUGGAGUGGAAUUAGGAAAUCUGUUGCUCAGCUCAGACCUCCUCCACCAUUCAUGGGGUGCAAUUGAUGAACUCUACAGAGAAACCCCUCCAAAUCAUGACCCAACAUCUCCUCUCUCCAUUAAGUACAAAGUUCAUCAACAGUCGCCCAUUGGAACAAUCAUAUCUUUCGUUUCUUCUCCCCCUUGUACCCCUCAGUAUCUGCAAUCAGAAGGCAGAGAUUUGCUUGCUUCAUCUGAUGCUCUUGCUACAGAGAAUUUCCCUCUCUUCCAAUUUGUGGGCACCAAAGUCAAUCCAACCUUCUCCCUCCACAGGGCUGCAGUUACCCUUUUUUCCUCUCUCCAGGAUCAGCUCUCUCUCCUCAAAACCCAGCAUGAAAAAAGCAGACGGUUAAUAGUCACUGGACACUCCAUAGGGGGAUCCAUUGCCACUCUCUUCACCUUAUGGCUGCUCGAAACCGUUCCCCCGACAGACAGAAAACGCCCGUUGUGUAUCACCUUCGGCUGCCCUCUUAUCGGUGAUACUGGCCUCCAACAAGCUAUAUCAGAACGCCCGACUUGGAAUUCUUGCUUUCUCCAUGUAGCCUCUUAUAAAGAUCCAAUUCCAAAACUCUUCGCGUCUUCACCUCAAAAUGAACACUCUAUUGAGUCGGGUUACAAGCCGUUUGGCACGUUUCUGUUGUGCUCAGAGUCGAGUUUUGCUUGCUUUGAGGAACCUGAAUCAGCUUUGGACUUGAUGGUGGCAACCAGCUCGGUUGGUGUUGGAAACGGUGGUCCUCAUGAAGGCGCUCAAAUGUUCUGUUAUGGAGAGAUUUUGGAAAAAUACAAGCUUGGAGUGAUUUGUAGGGGAGUUUCACAGCUUGAGGGAAAGGAUUUCACUCCUCUUCAGAUGGGUAUUUUCAUUCAGAUAGCGCCAAUUAAUGUUGAAACAACACAGGGACAACUAGAGAAUGGUGACAUCAAUUCUCUCAUCGAAAAAUUUGAAAGUGGAAUGAAGGAUCUUGCAACUCGGAAGAAGAAUAUUUUCGACCCCAACAAGAAACUAAACGCGAUGAAAAUAAACAUGACCUAUCUUGAAUGGUACAAGAAGUUCUCUGUCUCCGUGCCUCGUGGAGGCUACUAUGAUUUUUUCAAGAUCGACGAGUCUAAAAGGAGAGAAGAGAUCGUUAAGCGAAAGAGUAUCCUCACGCAGUACUGGGUUGAAAUGGUGAAAGAAGUAGAGAAAAUGCCUCAGAGGGAGGGGAAGUUCUUUCAAUAUAAAUGGCUUUAUGGGGGAAAUAACUACCGAAGAAUUGUUGAACCACUUGACAUCGCCGAGUUCUACAAAAAGGGCAAGAAAGACUAUUUAGCACAAAGAUCAGACCAUUACAAGUUGUUGGAAAAAUGGAUGGAAGAUGAGAAAUCAGAAGGGAAUCAAGGCAAUGCUGAGGAGAGGAACAGGGCUUGUAGUCUAACAGAGGAUUCUUGCUUUUGGGCAUACGUCGAGGAGGCAAUGAUUUCGUGUGAAUCGUUGAAGAAUGUAGAGACUAGCCCGGAAUUGAAAGAAUCAUUGAGGGCGGAUUUGGUCAAGUUUGAAGACUAUGUGAUGGACUUGGUAAGGAAAUAUGCUGUUUCUACUGAGAUUUUCUUGAAGAAAAGCAGAUUCAUGGAAUGGUGGAAAGUUUAUAAGGAAAUUAAAGGUGCUUCGUAUCAUUCAUCACUUGCUGAUUUCAUGAGCAAUUGUAAAUACAAAUAGUAUGCUUAGCUCUGCUGUUUCUAGCAAAUAAAGCUGGUUUGAACUCAGCGCGACGUUUACUUCUGGAUUAUGAUUUCUAAAAAUCUCUAAUGUACUGAAGGGAUAAUCUCCUCUAGAUUAGAAGAAAUGUGCUCACUUUGUUAGUUCUCCUACCGAGCGAACAACUACUUGCCGAUGUAAAUAUGUAGUAAUAUUAAUUGAUGGUUUCAUCUA